ACAACAGCAACAACAGCAACAACAGCAACAACAAGCGGUUUCCCUUUUCCUUGUCUCGUGGUGUACGCAUUUCACCCGAUUCAACCCCACUGUGUUUGUUACUCACCAACGCAAGUGUCCAUUGUGUGAUUCGCUGUUGUUGAGCGCUAUGAGCAGCGCGGUGGCGUUCGCCGCUGUGCGCGGGCGAUUGUGUCGCUGCGCCUGCUGGCGUGGCAGCCGAUUCGCCUCCGCAGCGCGUGAUUCUGGCCGCCUUGUCGCCACGCAGGCAAGGCAGCAAGCAGCGCCAAAGCAGAGGUGGUCCCGCUUCGCCUCAUCCUCUUCAUCGUCGUCAUCCUCGACGGCUUCAUCGUCCGCAACCACGGGGCCGGGUGCUGUUCCGCCGCCUCCACCGCGAACCGGCAACUUCUUCAUGGACAUCCUGCACGAGAUUCUCUUCUAUAGCCCGGUAUCUGCAAUGGUUGGUUUCACCAUUGGCGGCCUCGGCGCUACCUUUUUCGGAGCCCUCUACUUCCUCCACAAAACCGAAUACCUGGACGUGGGGCGGCUGCUGCAAGGCGCGGAUCGGAUUGAGUUCCGGGUGCGCCGGGCACACGAGCGAGACGCCAGUCCCGACGGCGAUGGUGCGUCCGAUGACGCAUGCUGCGAUGUGGAUGCGGAGGUGAUUGCCAUCAAGGAGCCUGCCAGCGGUGAAGAUGGCGAUGUUGCUGGUAGUGGGGCAGGUGCAACAAAGUCAUCAACGGCCACGACGACGAAGAAGGCGGCCGGACUGCCUUCCCUCUUUGACGUCCCACUGCCCCUGAUCACGCUUGGUGGCUGGUGCAUUGCGUUUGUGGCCACAGCCGCCGUCGCGUACACGCGCGCACGCCUUCGUCUCCAAUUCAGGGAGUUUGUGCGUCAAGUCAACUUCAGCCUGACAUCUGUGGACAAGAACAACGUGCUGCGUCUCAGAACCAUCAAGGAGUGCACCCUCAACGAGAUUCUUCCCGACAACCCAGCCGGCGUGAACAUGGUUGUGAAUGGUGCGCGUGGCGUGCAGCGAGACAAUCCCUUUAUCGCCCUUCCCGCUUCUCAAUAUGAUCUCAUCAUGAACCAGAUCCUCAACGCCAUCUCUCCGUUGUUUGCACAUGGAUUCCUUGCAGAGGAUCAGGGCUUGCCUGUGACCCAUGACUGGUAUUACUUUGGCAUCACCUUCCGCAAGGAGACCAUCAAAAUGCGCAAGCUGCGCGUGGUGCUGGCGAAGGAAUCCCUGUUGAAGCGGCUGGCUGAGGAUCCAUCCUAUGUGCCGCACUUUGAGUCGCCAGAACACCACGUGCGCCUCGACACCCUUCGCCUCAUGACCAAGAUGUACCUUGAACAGGACCCCAACGGUCCUGCCGUGUACAAGAACCCAACGGACAACGGCGAGGUCAUGCGUCUGUGCAAGCUGAAGAUUGCCCUUCCCGUCUGCUCCUCGUCCUCCCCACCAACCUCGUCCACCCCCACACCUUAGUCCCCUUCUUCCGUUCUUCCUUCGUCGUCAUCACCAUCAUGUCACAACACACGACACGCUCCUCUCCCUGCUCCUCUCCCCUUCCCUCCUUCGCACUUCGCAUCCUUGCUCCUCUUCCCCUUCCUCUGCUCGCUUCUUGGCUCCAAACCAAAACAAACCAGCCUCAGUGCGCACUUGAUCAGGAGGAAAAUGUGUGCAAAGCGUAU